AUGGCGAUAUACAAUCAAAAUUCAUGUUUUUAUGGUUUAUUAUAUAAAGCACUUCGACAAGAAAAUAUUGAUCUACUAUUUUAUUCUCGAUUUUUUAUUUAUGAUAUUAAACAAGAACUUGAACAAAAUAAAUGUUCAUCAUCAAAACGUGUUUAUCGAGGUCAAAGAAUAUCCUUAGAAAAAAUAAAUAUGUUAAAAAAUCUUCGCGGACAAUUUAUUUCAUUUAAAUUAUUUCUUUCACCGAGUCUUGAUCUUCAUGCAUCUCGAUCAUUUCUAUCAAAUUCAGAUAAUAGUGAACUAGUCAUAUUUCAUAUUGAUGCUUAUUCUAAACUAAAUCAUAUUAAACCAUUUAGUGAUAUCACUUUAAAAAGUUCUUAUCCAGAUGAAGAAGAAGUUCUUUUUAUGCUAGGAUCAAUUUUUCAAUUAAUUAAUAUUUAUCAUCAUCAAUAUGGAAUAUGGAUGAUUCAGAUAAAACUAUGUAGUUAUAAUGAUCGUCAAUUAAAAUCACUUUUUCAAUAUAUAAAAAAUGAAUAUGAUGAUGAAGAAAAAACUCUUCUUUCGUUUGGACAUAUUUUAGAAGAUAUGGGAAAAUAUGAUGAUGCUGAAAAAUAUUAUCGUCGAUUAUUAAAUGAAUUAACUUAUGAUCAUAUAGAUCUUGCUGCAUGUUAUCUUUCACUUGGUAAUGUAGUUCAUGAAUCAAAUCUUGAAUGA